GUCCUAAACGUUUGGUAAUCAGUUGGGUCGCUGUUUGAUGACGUAUUUGACAUUGGCACGGAGCAUUCUUGAAAAGUUGCUAACUAGCUAGCUUGUAAGGUUCAACCUCUGAGGUAUAAUAAGAAGGGUCCAACCAUGGCUCUUAUUUCAAGAUCAUGCAGUGGGUUCCUCGCCCAACUGUCAACAUUGACGCAUCACAAGGCUUUCAGUGUGUCUGCAGCCGCAGCAGCCAUCCAGAAGAUGACCAGGGUACGUGUUGUUGACAACAGUCCACUGGGUAGCACCCCAUGGCACCGCGCCCCCAGAGUCAUCCACGUUUACACCAAGAAUGGAGUGGGCAAGGUGGGCGACCGAGUUCUACUGGCCAUCAAGGGAGGGAAGAAAAAGGCUCUCAUCGUCGGGCACAAGAUGCCCGGAGAGCGGAUGAACCCGCGUUUUGACUCCAACAAUGUUGUCCUGAUUGAAGACAAUGGCAACCCUACCGGAACUAGAAUAAAAGUUCCCCUACCGACGCACCUGCGCAAAAUGGAAGGAGACUAUUCCAAACUGUUGGCUAUCGCUAGCAGGUUUGUAUAGUACUGUAACGGCAGGCCUUCGUUAAUAGUUCUCUGGCUGAAGUCUCCGUGUGAUGACAGCCGUCAUGUCAUCACAUGGGAUCAAGUCUAUGGGGGGAUUUCCCAACACAUUUUCACUUAGUCUCCCAUUGACAUCAACGCAUGACUAAGUGAAAAUUUGACUUAAGUGGGGAUGUGUGCCACUGUGUUACCUAAGGGAAAUCCCUCCAAACAUCUCUCCACAUGUUAUUGGUGACGUAAACAUGUUAUGGCCUGUUGUUUCAAUGUACCUGCUAUAUCAGACACUGUUCUCCACAAUGUUGAACGUUAAGUCUCACAUGCAAUUCAUGUUAUAGUUGUAGUUUGAUAAAUAAAAUCACUUUCAAAUGAG